GCCCUUUCUCUCUCUAUGGCUUCCCCGCCACCAACCGUCAGACCUGGCUCGCGCAGCAGCAGCUGGCGGCCGGAGCGAGCGGCGCCGGGACGCGAGGUGGAGGGUCGUGCGCCGAGGAGGGGCAGCUGCGCGGGCCGCGGCCUCGGGGCACAGUGGGAGCCGGCGGGUCCCGGGGUCGCGCAGGUGCGGCCGCCGCCCCCACGGACAUGCGGCCGGUCUCUUAGGACGAGGUGUAGGUAGCAGACAAGAACUGAAGGAUCCAAACAGGAAAGCACUCCUAUUGCAAGAUCUCUAAGACGAGGUAGAAAAUAGUUACUAUGGAAUCAAAAACUUGUGAGUCAAAUAAUGAAGAUCUUUUAUCAAGUGGCAUCACACCCAAUGGAGGUUCUUCAAGCCCGUUUUUUGUGUCAUCUAUUCGUGGUACAAUAAUUGAAAACCCAUCUUCAACUGGGACUUUAACACAAAUGCCUUUUUUCCCUAAAUAUGAAGUGGAACUUGAUUCUCAUAGAAAAGUCAUCCCUUACCCUGGGAAAGAGCACAUUGAACGUGUUUUGGAAGAAUAUUCACAUCAAGUUAAAGAUUUGCAGAAAAGACUAAACGAAAGCAAUGAAUUGCAUGAGAAACAAAAGUUUUACUUAAGACAGUCAGUCAUCGAUUUGCAGACAAAACUUCAAGAAAUGCAAAUGGAGAGAGAUGCCAUGGCCGACAUCAGACGAAGGGAGAGUCAGUCCCAGGAGGAUUUACGAAAUCAGCUUCAAAAUACAGUUCAUGAGCUUGAAGCUGCCAAGUGCCUAAAGGAGGACAUGUUGAAAGACAGCAGUGCACAGAUAGAGCAGCUAAGAAAAAUGAUGCUUAGCCAUGAAGGUGUGCUUCAAGAAAUCCGAUCAGUCUUAGUUGACUUUGAAGAAGCCUCAGGCAAGAAAAUAUGUGAACACGACAGCAUGUCUACCAUGCACUUCCGCAGCCUGGGCUCAGCUAUUAGUAAAAUCCUAAGAGAAUUAGACACAGAAAUCUCUUAUCUUAAAGGGAGGAUAUUUCCAGUAGAGGACCAACUUGAAACACUGAAAACUGAAUCACAGAACAAAAUAGAAUUAUUACUUCAACAACAUCAAGAUCGAAUUGAGCAGCUGAUAAGUGAGCAUGAAAUUGAAAUAACAGGACUUACAGAGAAAGCCAGCAGUGCCCGGAGCCAAGCCAAUAGCAUCCAGAGUCAGCUGGAAAUCAUCCAAGAACAAGCAAGGAACCAGAACUCCAUGUAUAUGCGCCAGCUCAGUGACUUGGAGUCUACCGUUUCUCAGCUUCGUUCUGAACUGAGGGAAGCCAAGAGGAUGUAUGAAGAUAAGAUAGAAGAGCUGGAGAAGCAGCUAGUCCUUGCCAAUUCAGAGCUUACUGAAGCGCGCACAGAGCGGGACCAGUUCAGUCAAGAGUCAGGAAAUCUGGAUGACCAACUCCAAAAGCUGUUGGCAGAUCUCCACAAGAGGGAGAAAGAGCUGAGUCUGGAGAAGGAACAGAACAAGCGUCUGUGGGACCGAGACACUGGUAACAGCAUCACCAUCGACCACUUGCGGAGGGAGUUGGAUGACAGGAAUAUGGAGGUGCAACGGCUGGAGGCCCUGCUCAAGGCCAUGAAGAGCGAGUGUCAAGGCCAGAUGGAGCGGCAGAUGGCAGCCAUUCAGGGGAAGAACGAGAGCCUGGAGAAAGUGUCGUCCCUCACUGCACAGCUCGAGUCCACCAAGGAGAUGCUGCGCAAGGUCGUGGAAGAGUUGACAGCCAAGAAGAUGACCCUUGAGAGCUCUGAGAGGACAGUGUCCGACCUGACAGCUUCCCUCCAGGAGAAGGAGCGAGCCAUCGAGGCUACCAAUGCAGAGAUCACUAAGCUUCGCUCACGGGUGGACUUGAAGUUGCAGGAGCUUCAGCACCUGAAAAACGAGGGGGACCACCUCAGAAAUGUGCAGACAGAGUGUGAGGCGCUCAAACUCCAGAUGGCGGAGAAGGACAAGGUCAUUGAGAUCUUGCGGCAGCAGAUUGAGAACAUGACGCAGCUGGUUGGCCAGCACGGCCGGACCGCCGGUGCCAUGCAGGUGGAAAAGGCUCAGCUAGAGAAAGAGAUUAAUGACCGGAAGCUGGAACUGCAGGAGUUUAAGAUUUUAAAAGAUAAAAAAGAUGCAAAGAUCCGGGAGCUUGAAGCCAGAGUGAGUGAUCUAGAACUGGAAAAGGUGAAGUUGGUGAAUGCAGGCUCCGAGCGGCUCCGAGCGGUGAAGGACAUCAGACAAGAGCGAGAUCAGCUCUUGAAUGAAGUGAAGACUAGUAGGACAGAAUUAAACAGUCUCUCAGAGGACUAUGAAGUCUUGAAAAGGAAUUUCCGAAACAAAAGUGAAGAAAUGGAAACCACCACAAACAAGCUAAAGAUGCAAUUAAAGUCUGCGCAGUCUGAGCUGGAGCAGACAAGGAGCACACUAAAGGCCAUGGAAGGGUCGGACGGCCAUGCUAUGAAGGUGGCAAUGGGCAUGCAGAAGCAAAUCACAGCCAAGAGGGGUCAGAUAGAUGCCCUGCAGAGCAAGGUGCAGUUUUUAGAAGAGGCUGUGACAAGUGCCAAUAAGGAGAAACAUUUUUUGAAGGAAGAGAAGAGUAAACUCAGCCAGGAGUUGAGUACCGUAGCAACAGAAAAAAACAAGAUGGCCGGAGAGCUAGAAGUGCUGCGAUCUCAGGAACGCCGCUUGAAGGAGAAAGUUGCUAACAUGGAAGUUGCUCUUGACAAGGCAUCUUUGCAGUUUGCAGAAUGCCAAGAUAUAAUACAGCGCCAAGAACAAGAGUCUGUGCGUCUAAAACUUCAGCACACUUUGGAUGUAAAAGAGCUGCAGGGCCCUGGCUACACCUCUAACCCUUCCAUGAAACCUCGUCUUCUGCAGCCGGCAUCUGUAACUCGGUCUCAUUCCAAUGUCCCAUCCUCCCAGUCUACGGCCAGCUUCCUGUCUCAUCACUCUAUGAAAACCAACACACUGAAGGAAGACCCUACUAGGGACCUGAAGCAGCUUCUGCAAGAGUUGAGAAGUGUGAUCAAUGAGGAGCCGGCCAUGCCUCUGAGCAAGACGGAGGAGGAUGGAAGGACACCAUCCCUCGGAGCAUUAGAUGACAGGGUGAGAGACUGCAUCACGGAAUCAAGCCUGAGAUCAGAGCUUUGCCACAGAAGUAACAACUCCUUAAGAGAGUCCACUGAAGGCAGCAAGUCCAGUGAAACUCUUAGCAGAGAGCCAGUCGCGCUACAUGCAGGGGACCUGGAAGACCCGUCCAGUUGCUUCACAUUCACAUCUACAGCAAGUCCAUCUGUGAAGAUCUCUGCCUCCCGUUCCUUCAAUUCUUCUCCUAAGAAGUCUCCAGUGCACUCGCUUCUGACUAGCUCUGCCGAGGAGUCAGUGGGCUCCACAUCACAGUACCGCUCCACCAAGCCCAUUCACUCACCCGACUCUACAAAAGAUUCACAGUCUCCGUCACUAGAAACAACAGGAAAAACAUGCCGAAAACUUCAGAACAGACUGGAAAGUUUGCAAACCCUGGUAGAAGAUUUACAGCUGAAGAACCAAGCAAUGUCUUCAAUGAUCAGAAAUCAAGAGAAAAGGAUUCAGAAAGUGAAAGACCAAGAAAAAAUGUUACUAAAAUGACACAUCGUUUGCCUGCUCUCUAUAGAGGGCUCACGCCUGAUUAAUUGUGAUGUUACUUAUAAUUAGUGCCCUGUGGACUUUUUCUUUUUAUGUGAAAAUUUAAUAAAAGAUGCCUUGUCCUGUAAA